AUGCGCAACCGCCACCUUGCCCUGCUCGGCGUCAUUUUCUUCGUCGUCUUCUGCCUCUACUCGAUCGCCCGCAAAUCGCCCGACAGCUUACAGGGCGCGCCGGUAAAGGCCGAACCACCACCACCCGUGCAAGGCCCGGAUGAGUCGAAACCGCACGAAGUCAUCGAGUUCACGAGCAAGAAGUUCGUAACGACAAAACCGAAGCCCGCGCCGGGCGGGAAACACCCGAUAUGGCACCUCAUCGCCGACGCCGAGCGCGAGUUCGAGGCCGUCAAGGCGCGGCAGUCGCAGACCUUGAGCGAAGCCGUGGCCGAGUACCGCCGUCGAUACGGGUUACCACCGCCCCCGCACUUUGACAAAUGGUGGGCCUUUGCGAGGAGCAAGAAGGUCCAGCUGGUGGACGAGUUCGACACGAUCCACGAUCUGCUGACGCCGUUCUGGGGCCUGAAGCCGUCGACGAUCCGCGCGCGGGCACGGGAGGUCGUCGGCAGGGACAACCAGCUGAUGGGGAUGCAGGUCCGCGGGGGGAACAUGUCGCACGUUGCGGGCGGGUGGGACUGGAUGCGGGAUUCGGUCAUCGGCAUGACGGAGAAGUUUACCCAGCAUCUGCCGGACAUGGAUCUGGUGUUCAACGUCAACGACGAGUCCCGCGUGGUCGUGCCCCACGACGACAUGGCCCGCCUCGUCCACAAGGCCAAAACAGUGACCAUGCCUGCGGCGAACGCCGUCAAGGCCCCGCGCAACGACUUCACCAAGAAGCCCGCUGAUCUCAACUACAACGGCCGGUUCGACGACGUCAAGACCUCCCGGUUCGAUUUCUUCCCCCACCAGUCCGUCUGGUCGCACUCGCGCCAGUCGUGCCCGCCCGACUCGCCGUCGCGGAUCCUCGAAGAGGACGAGCAGUUCGACGACAUCGAGAAAUACAGCAUGGGCGAGCUGGGCUUCGUGUCCAACUGGACAGCCAUGUCCGACAUCUGCUUGUCCCCCUCGCUUGGGUCGACCUACGGCUUCUUCGAGCGGCCCAACUCCUACGGUGUCGUCCAAGAUCUCGUCCCGAUCUUUUCCCAGUCCAAGAUCUCAUCCUACGCCGACAUCGUCUACCCGUCGCCCUGGUACUGGGUGGGGAAGGUCCCCUACGACGAAAAGAACGAUCCGUCCUGGGACGAAAAGCUUGACCAGCUGUACUGGCGUGGAUCCACGACUGGUGGGUUCUCGAGAGAGGGCGGUUGGCGCCGUCAACACCGUCAGCGGUUUGUGCAAAAGAUCAACGCUCCCGAUGAGGCCAAGGUCCUCGUGCCCCCUGCACCCCCAACCCCUGAUAGCACCGGCACAGAAACCGGAGCGAUCGCAGCAGCCGCCGCCGCACUAGCUGCCGACACCCCCCCGCCAUCCGGCAAUAAACAGAAGCAAACCCCGCCCCCACCAUCCCCCGACAAAAACCAACAAUGGACCCCCCUCUCCGUCCCCCGCGGCGACUUCAAACACCUCCUCUCCGUCUUCUUCUCCCACGUCGGCCAAUGCGACCCCGGCGACUGCGACGCCCAGCGCGCCUUUUUUACGAUUCAAGAAUACGCCAAGCAGGAAGACGCCCUGGGAUACAAGCACGUUCUCGACAUGGACGGCAACGCCUUCUCGGGGCGGUUCUAUGCGUUGUUGCGCAGCCGCAGUUUGGUGUAUAAAUGGGCGAUUUUCCGCGAGUGGCAUGCGGAUUGGUUACGGCCGUGGGUGCAUUAUGUGCCGCUGAGUUUGCAUGGGGAGGAGUGGUUGGAGGUGGUGAGGUUUUUUGCCGGGGGGACAGCGCCGGUUGUGGAGGCUUCUGGUGUUGUUACUGCUGGUGCUGCUGCGGGUGAGGGGAGUGGGGUUGGUGGGGUGAAGGUUGAUGCUGGGCCUGCUGGUGAUGGUGGUGUGCUGGGGAAGAGGGGGGUAGAGAGCGGGAAGGGGAAAGGGGAGGAAGGGGGGAAGGUGGAGGAGAGUAAAGAGGGGAAAGAGGCGGAGAGGAUGGCGUUGAGGGGGAGGGAGUGGGCGGGGAAGACGUUGAGGAAUGAGGAUUUGGAGGUGUGGUUUUUUCGGUUGUUGUUGGAAUACGGACGUGUCGUAGACGACGACAGAGAGAACAUUGGAUACGUCGGCUAA